AUGAGCUACUACGGCAACUACUAUGGAGGUCUGGGAUAUGGCUACGGAGGCUUCGGUGGCCUGGGCUGUGGCUGUGGCUGUGGCAGCUUCCGCAGAUGGGGCUGUGGCUGUGGUUAUGGGGGCUACAGGUGUGGCUGCUGCCGCCCAUCCUGCUGUGGAGGAUAUGGCUUCUCCGGCUCCUACUAG